GACAAUCGAGAGGCACAGUUUUUUUUCAUAAAAAUUUGUGACGUCGAUGUUUGCUACAUUUUAUUAAUCAGUUCACUUUUAUCGCUCGAGGCGUUCUUUUGAAAAGUAACAAUGGAAAGUUUAGAUCCAACGAAGAUAAAAAUUGAAAAGAAAACUUUACACGUUCCUCCAUUGGAAGAAUUAAAAACUGUUUUUUCCGCAGCAUUAGAAAAAAAUUUCGCCGAAUUUUCAGUGGAAAUUGUCGAUUCGCCUGAUUUUCAAAAACCACCAUUUACCCUCGCUGCUUCUGGUUUGAGUGGAAAUCCAACAAUUUUGGAAGUUGGAGGACCAGCUUAUUUACUUCCUUUAGUUCAAAAGGAAAAAGUUUACGAUAUUAAAAAUUUGGCACCACAUUUAAAUCAUGGAGAUAAAUCAUUUGUUAUUGGAGCCGGAGCUGGACCAUGGCCCUAUGCCAAUACAAAUUGCGAGAUGAUGAUGAAUGUUGUUUUAAACAGUCCAAAAUCGUCUGAAAGUACAAAAAUUUCAUUGGUGAAUAAAAAUAAUGGACAAUGCAUUUUAAAAACAUUACCAGGAAAUGAAACGCGUUUUGCAUUAUUGGCAAAUUUAUUUUUAAGUCACGGACAACAGGGACGAGUGAUACGAGUAUUUGCAAAAAAACGAAUUGGAAAUUAUGAUUUUAUUGCCACUAUGCAAAAAGCUUUGGAAAAAAAUUAUCCCGAUAAACUCGUUGGUUUAGGUGGAACAUUUCUAUUGAAAGAGGGAAAAGCUAAGCAACACGUAAUGCAAGAUUUUUCCCAAACUCCAUUAAAAACGGAAGUCGAUCUUAAUAAUUGGUUAAAAUUCUACAAUAUGUCCGCUCCAUUAGUUGCAGUUGGAACUUUUGUUUCAGCCGAAACUAAUUUAGAUUUGAGGGUCCAGCAUUUUCACAGUUUUUCACAACACGGCGAAGGAGGACACUAUCAUAUCGACACAACACCGGAAAUUGUCGAAUAUUUAGGAUAUUUCACGCCUGGUAAAAUUUUAUAUCGUGUCGAUCAACCGCCAAAGGCCUCAACUUUUGGAAAAGACUAAUAAUUUUUUGAAAAUGAUUUUUUUUUAUUAAUUUUUUUUUUAUUAUUUCAAUUUAAUUUUUAAUUUAGUUUAACAAUAAUAAUAUUAAUAAUAAUACUACUAAUAAUUAUAAAAUUAUAAUG